AUGUGCAGCAACGAGAGCCCGCCUCCCUCGAAGGAGCCCCUGGCCGUCGGCCUCGGGGGCACGGGCGCGGGGGGCGGCGGGCCCAUGGGGUUCCUCCCGGGCUUGGAACACUAUCGGCUGCAGCUCUACCACUAUGCCAUGGCCGAGCGCCUCAGGCUGGCGCAGCAGCUUCACCCCCAGCACCCGGGCGUGGGCCCCGCGCCCGGCUCGCCCGCCCACCUCGGGAUGAGCCCGCCGGGUUUCUCCGCUCCGCUUCCUCUGUACCCGGCGGCCGCCGCCGCGGCCGCUGCCGCCGCCGCCGCCGCCACCUCCGCCGGGUAUCCCAGCCGCCUCGCGCUUUCCAUGGCUCUGCUGCACCCCCAUCACCAGCGCAUCCCCGAGGAGCCCAAACCCCAGCACAGCUACAUCGGGCUCAUCGCCAUGGCCAUCUUGUCCUCGCCCGAGAAGAAGCUCGUCCUUUCCGACAUCUACCAACACAUCCUCGAGCACUACCCCUACUUUCGCACCCGGGGUCCCGGCUGGCGCAACUCCAUCCGGCACAACCUCUCCCUCAACGACUGCUUCGUCAAGUCCGGACGCAGCGCCAACGGGAAGGGCCACUACUGGGCGAUACACCCGGCUAAUCUGGAGGACUUCCGCCGGGGGGACUUCAGGAGACGCAAGGCCCAGAGGAAGGUGCGCCGACACAUGGGCCUGGCCGUCGACGAGGAGCCCGACAGUCCCAGUCCCCCGCCUCUCCCGGCCACGCCGCCGCCCCCGCCGGCCGCCCUGGCCCCCCGACCUCUGCCUCCCGGGAUCUGGAGCCCCUCGCAUCCCCACCAUGCCCAGCAGCCCCCGCCGCCCCCGCCGCCUCCGCCACCCCUGCCUCCGCCGAGGCAUCAUCAUCAUCAUCAGCUUCCCUUCCAAACCCAGUCGGCCGCCCUCCGGAGGUCCCUCCAACCCUCCAGGAAGAGACAGUUCGACGUCGCCUCUCUCCUCGCCCCCGAUGAUCAUCACCUUCUGGAUCCCGCGGUCCUCAGGCCCCCCAAGACUCGCCGGUCCAGCUGCAGCGAGGACGAACCCGAUCGGGACGACGAGGACGUCGACGUCGACGUCGACGUGGACGUUGACGUCGACGUGGACGUCGUUGCCGAGACCAGCGUCGCCUCUUCCCCUGGGACUCCACCUUCCGUCAGUCCCGACGGUGUCCCCAAAAGGAUUGGCGUCGACUCCGCUCCUACCCCCUGCACCUGGAACGGGCAACUGCAUCAUAACGAGCGGAACCCCCGGAACAACGUAUCGCCGCAUCAGCAGCUGUCCGCUGUGCAUCUUCACGAGCAUCUGCACGUGCGGAAUUAUUACGUCUCGGCUGGGACUGGAACUGGGUCCGCGGUUAACUGA